UUGAAGAGUUUGUGUCUUCACUUUAAACUGCAUUAAUAGUUAAUUUUAAUUUAUAUUUUCUGUUUUAUCAAUACAUAGCGUAUGUCUGUAUGUAUUGAACAAAACACUAUCCAAUGCUUAAGUUUCUAAAACUUGUGAAAAUGUCAACAGUUUUGCCAGAAGACGACGGAGUGAUGUCCAGUGAGACGGCAGCAGAAAUGGUCAACACUAAGCCCGUCAGCCCUCAAAUGGAUAUGAAUAUGUACGCCACCAGAAAGACAAUUGCCCAGGGUAUAAUGGACUUGGGAUUAAUGUGUGCCAAUGCAUCUCAACUUAAAUACGUAUUAUUAAACGCGAAUCAACACAAGUAUUUUGAAGUGACCAUCGCUUUAAUCACAUUAUCUAUAAUACUUCAAAUUAUUGUGGGAAUUGUAUUCAUACUAUUGGGUCGACUGAACAUCAAUUUCUUUGUCGAUCGAAAAAAGGCCGAUCUCUUGAACAAUGGGUCCGUAAUUCUCAUAUUCUUGAUUACUGUCGUCAAUGUCUUGAUCACAGCUUUCGGGCCCAGCGAUAGCAGCGGCUCAGCAGCACAUCAUCAGCCCUCGGGAUGGACUAAUUUCUAUCCUGGUAAAAUUCCAGAUGACAGCAGUAACUAA